GGAAUAUAAUAAUUGUAUCAUAAUGGAAUCCACCAUCCAGAAAAUAGAAGAUGUACACGAACAAAGAGAAAGCUAUGAAGAAUCUGUACAGACAGAGGAGAAAGCUCUUGGCAGAGAAGUAUUGCCAAUUGUCUAUCAAAACAUAUACUCUUGAUAUCCUGACAUUUCGGGGGUAGAUUCAGAUUCUUGUAUUGCUUCAGUCACACCUUGAGAUAUAACUUAUAUGGACCUUUACUUAGAAGACCAAAAAUGUAUCAAAUUUAUUAAAAAGAGACCUUUGCUCUCUUGCGUUAUUAUUGAUGAAUUUCGUUGGGAUUAUUUCAAAACAGCUAGAAAGAAUGAGGCCUUAAAACUAUUGUUAUCAUUUCCAGAAAGAGUCAUUUCAUUUAAUUUUAAUAACUCUUUGAGAGAUCCAAUCAACCUCCCCACCUUGUAUUUAGAUUCCAUUAUCAGACUAAAUUUCAGGGUAUUAAAUAAAAUGCGUCUCGAAUGAUUUUGAAUAAACUUUUGAAAUCUAAAGAAGUUCAUUACAUCAUUUAGACAUGUUGAGACACUAUGAAUAUUUUUGUGUAAACUUUCUAUUCCUGAAAUCCCUGAUUUCACAAAGGCAUUGAGCUACACAAACAUCCAAAAGUUCAAAUUAUGCUGGUCUGGCCUCCCCAAUGCUAAUAAUUGGGAAGAAAAUCCCGAAGAGUUGACCAAUCUAAUCAAAGGACUAGCAACUUCACCAGACUUGAAGCUCAGCCUUCAAGAAGUAGACUUAAGAAGAUGCGGAGUGGAUAUAGCCAUGGCUACAAGCCUACUUGAAGGAAAUGGGUUCGGCUCUGUGAAGAUAACCAUUUAG